AUGCCCUUCAUCCUCUCCCUGGCAGCUCCACGUAGCCCGCAUCGUCCUGGCCGUUGUGUGACGCGCCUGGCUGUCCGCCUGCUUCCUUCCUUCACUGCAUCCACACAAGCCCCUUCCUUUUCUAGCCCCGACCACUGUCACGUGAGACAUCGCUCUUCGUUGCCAGCAUGCCAUCGUUCCCUCCCCUCGCCAAACCGCGGCCUGUCUUUACCUCCCCGCAACGGCCCGCCUCUGUGUCGCCUCGAGGCACUUCAGACCCUAUCAAAGCGCCAUGUUUCCACGAGCAAUUUAGCUCCACAUGCCGAGCCAGACGACUUUCAAUCACCACUAGACGCCGUUGAAGAUUUCGACAAUGACACCCCGUUUCGUGCCCAGUUGUCGCGCAAUGCCCGAAAGGUGCUACGCGAGAGCAGACCUGCCACUGUUCUGGCAUCCAUCAAUGGUCCAGCCAAAGAUCUCUACAGGGAUAACAACUCCAGCCAGAGCGCUUCGGCGUGCACUACGCAAGACUCUGUAACCCAGGAAAAAUAUCCACAAACCCUUGCGACAGCCGGCAUACCCGUGCAACAUCCUGAGCCUGUUUCGCUCUAUUCUGUCCUUGCGCGCUACAUCAAACACUGCACCUCCUCACCUCCAUCAGAGUCUGAUUUUCGCUUUAUUGCUUCAGAGUUGCACUUGCUGCGAUCCAAAGGUUACAGACCCGAAAGCGUAGAGCAGUGGGCAGCAUGUCUUGUAGAGCCCAAAUGCAAUGUGGCGGCUGCAGUCUUCGAACAACAGUCUGAGGUACCUCCUCUCUUCCUGCUGUUGCUUUUCCUGCGCCGCAAACACAUCAGAGUGCACAGUCUGGGGAUCAUUAUGAGGCACCUGGACCGGAUUGUCCAGUUAGACAUUCUUGAAUGGUCCCAGCUUAAGAUCAUUGCAGUCCGCCUGCUCCGCCAUGUGCGCGAAGUCUGGCCUGAGUCUGUAACAUGGGUCACGUCUUUCCUGAUUUCUCAGUCCAGUUGCUUGCACAAUAGGUCGCCCCGGAUACUGUCUGAUAUGACUCGCUUCUUCAAUUCUUACCUUGUGUUGCUAUGUCUGCCCACAAGCUUCCGGCCCUUAGUCUGUGCCACUUACCAGGAAAAGGCUCAGUUUCAGAUACUCAAGUACAUGGCUAGCACAUCACCAUCUAUGGUAGUGUCACGCCCCGGUUUCCGGGCAGUAGCUCGUAAUCAGUUGGCCCACGCCAAGACCACUCAAGAACGAGAGUGGGCAGAACUCAAAGGCCCAUCUUGGCCACCGUGGAAGGAGAACCGCACAGCAAUGGACGAAGAAAAAGGCUACAAUUUUGGUGCUUCGCGGGCCUCUCAGCUCUUACAUCGCAUGUACGAAGCUGGAUACACUAAUCGCACGUUUGAGGACAUGGUACAGAUCUAUGCUGGUUGGGAUACAGACAACAGCCCAACAAUACAAACUCGGACUACACUACCGCAUGUUUCUUCGAGAUUCAACGACAAUCACCAGAUGCGCCCGCUGCUCUGGGCUGCACGUAUACGGACCACACGCACGCGAAGAGAGGCCUGGGCGUGCUUCUUGUCUCACGAGCUUUCGGACGAAGGCGCUCAUUCCGAAGUGUACCUUGCCAUGUUCGAAAAAUUACAUUACUCUGCUGUAAAGAGAAUACCCGCCCUACCGCUUUCGACUGAUGCAGAUCAAGCUCCCGAAGAGGAUAUUAAUCAUCUGCUACCCGGAGACAUGAAAGAGGUCCUGCCAGAUCCUUCAUCUUCAUUGUACUAUGUUUAUCUUAGUGAGCCUGUUCCUGAGUACAAAGAACUACUGGAACGAAUGCGUACCACCAAUAUCAGGCCUUCGCAUCGAUUACUUGCCUUUCUCCUGGAAACAUGUCCCGACUUCCACACAUGUCUGAAUUUACUGCAUAUGAGUAGACACGAUUUUAAUGGUGGUAUACGUCGCAUACUCUAUGGUAUGAACGACGACGAUGCCUCGGUCCGUUCAGUUGAUGGGUACCUCUUCACAGCCAUCAUCCGGUUCUUGUGUCGUUUUGGGCGUUUCGAGCGGCCGCCUCCACAGGAGCCCACGGUGCUGGAUCCUCAAGAACAUGCGCAGCAAAUUCGGACCAACAGGAAUUAUCUCUUGGAGUAUGCGCAUAGCCUUCUUGUACGCUAUCGGCCGAAAUAUCGGCCCGCCUGGACAAUCUUUAUCAACAAGCUGCUACAUCAAAGAAAACUUCCACAGGCCGUCCAAGUCGAACGCUAUAGGGUCGUCUGUGACUUGCUUGAGUACAUUGAGCAAACCGAUCUUGAUGUUGAUGAUGACAUAUUUGGCUGUGCAUGCAUGGCGACCACGUAUGCCGCACAGAGUAUGGACCAGAGCAUUGCGUCUAUCAAAGACGCGCGCUUGUUGUCGACAGGGUCGGCCCGUCUCAGAGCGUUAUUCAACAGCUUAGUUGGGGCCAAUGUCAACAUGCAUUCCCAUCCAGAACAGCCUAUGGGUGCUAUUCCACCACAUGUUCCUGGGCCUACAGAGCUUCACCUUUAUGUGCGAGCCUUGGGCGCUCUGGGUGACUAUGAAGGUCUCUACUCGUUUACGACCUGGCUGACCAAUUACCGUUCUGAAGUCAGUGUACGUGCGCAAGCACAGCGCGGUGGCAUGGACACUUUGUUCAGAAUGCUGGUAGCAUUGAGACUGGCUGUUAGCGGUGGAGGGCCAGACAUGGGAUCUCAGCAUGCAUCUUAUGCACCCGAAGACAUUGCUCUGCUCGUCAGAAAGCAGAUUGAUAGUGUGGAAGAAUGGGGCGGAUGGCCGACGCAGGAGCAUGUCAAGAUGUACAUUCAAAAACAGUUGAAGUCACAAACUCCGUCUGCAGGAGGGCGGUAG